AUGCGCAGAAGGGUGGUAGAAAAUAUUGAAAGCAACUGCGAGUCGGUCAGUAUGGAUAUCGCCGGUCCAGCCUUUUAUAAGAUCAAUACAGAUGACAUUAAAAAGCCUGAUGUUAUGCAAAUUGAUGAACCUGCUGCAGGUGAAAAAGAUCCGAAGAAACGACCAGUGAAGGACGAGGUGCAUCAAAGACGAGAGAAACACCGGCCCAAAAGACAGGAGACGAUGCGAGAAAAAGUGCAGCAUACAAGCAACCUCGAACGUCUCUCCAUAAAAGGCCAGCCGAAUCAGAUCGCACGAUUGCAAGAGGAGAACUUCAGUGCUCUUAGAAGACAAAUCGAGCAAGCGAAGGUCAUUUUGGACAACAUCCCCUUGAAGGAAUGCAUUCAAGAGACAGAAGUGGAGACCGCACUCCUGAUCUAUAAACUUUAUUGUCAUAUGGAAAAGGAGAUAAUCGCUUUACACUCUACCCCUAGGUUACUAUCAUAUGGCGUAAUGGUGGAAAAAAUCGUACGAAUCAAACAGAUAUUGAAGGAUAAUUAUGGUAUGGACGAACUCGAAAAUGAAGGCUAUGUGCAGGAAAAUACUGUCCAUUUCACAUACAAAGCAACCCUAAACAUCGAAAAAAGAACGAGAUUCCUUUCUGCUCUCCCAAUUGCCAAAACGGAUGCAGCUAAGAGGCUCAUAAAUCAUGGAUUACAUCCAAGGAAAUUUUGCGAUUUGUGCAGCAAAAUCAACAUUACCCAUAUCACCCUCAAUCAUAACUCAGAAUACGAAAUGCUUCUCCACCAAGAGAGAUUCGUUCAAGCAGCGGCCAUCAAUCAUACUUGGGAGAAGCGAGAGACCAACAAUGAAAAUACUACACCAGACUUCAAGGGUUGUAGAGUUCGCGCCCAACGCAGCUUGCGAGAUUCAGGAAAGGAGUUCUUCGAAAUGUUCGAGGAUGUAAUUGACACUAAACCCCUUUACGAUGGUAGUAGUAAGCGAGGGAUGAAAUAUGGUGAAAAUUGCAUGGCAUAUCUCUGCUAUGUGGAAGCUAAGCAGGCCAAUGUAGAGGAAAAGCGAGCGUGCUGGAAAGCUUGCCGUACGCACCGAGCAUUUUCAGAGUGGAAAGAUAUUGAUAUGGAAGUAAGAGAUCUGUCUGGCUUGGGUAACUUAAGACGAGAGAUAUCUGCUAUUAGAAUGGUGUUGAUUCGUUCUUUGAACAAUUCAGAGCAGAGCAAGAAGAUUAAGAACAAAUGCUGA